AUGUUUUGUGUUGGCAUGUUGUGUUACAUUUGCACGCAUGCUUUUUCCUGCGACGACGAUCGCAAAGUGCACAAGGAGUUGACGCCACCAUGGUCUGGAGGGGUUGGUGGACGUUCGCCUCCAGUGGAUGCGGGUUCGGUAGGCCCACAAUCAGAGCAACGCGGCUACGCUUACUAUCAGUUGCCUUCUGCACGUGCCAUGAUGAUUCAAAGUCCUCCACUGACUACCAUGGACGAUGAGGUAAAUGGAUUUGACUUUGCAUUUAAGGGAGCAUUUGUUAGGAAAGUAUCUUGUUCAGUUGUUCUCAACUUUUAUGGCGUUAUCAAAAGCUUUGGUCACUCUUUCUGCCGUUAUCGUUUCAUAAAAAUAGCUUUCUUUUCCUAUUUUUUAUCUUUCUUUAUCUGAAU